UAUUAAAAAGAAGAAAAGAAGAAUAGCCUUAGACUUUUGUGCUUAACAUUCUGUAUGGUCAAAAAUGGAAACUGAUAAAGUAUCAAUUCCGCGUUAUAGAGGUUCCAGAUUAAAUAAAGUGAAAAAAUUAGAUAUUUUUCCAAAAAUCGAAGAAACAUAUAAGGAGACUUCUUCCGUGGGUGGAACUUUUUCCAUCAUAAGUUUUGCAUUAAUUAUUUGGUUAGUGUAUUCGGAGACGUCUUAUUAUCUAAACAGUAAAUUUGUAUUCAAAUUUUCGCCGGACGUGCAACUUGAAGAGCAACUCAAAAUUAACAUUGACAUAACAGUGGCCAUGCCAUGUCAGUUUGUUGGAGCUGAUAUUCUGGAUUCAACUAAUCAAAAUGCUUUUAAAUUUGGCCACCUGGAGGAGGAAGAUACUUGGUUUGAACUUGCCCCAAACCAGAAAAUACACUUUGAUUACAAGAAACAUUUUAACUCUUAUUUGAGAGAGGAAUACCACUCUAUUAAGGAUUUAUUAUGGAGCAGUAGUUUUACUACAAUGUUUGGGGACUUACCGCCUCGUAGUGACCAACCUGAUAGGCCUCACGACGCUUGCCGCAUUUAUGGUUCGUUUAUUUUAAACAAAGUGGCGGGAAAUUUUCACAUAACUGCUGGAAAAAGCAUCCAUCUACCACGGGGCCACAUUCACAUCAGCUCUUUCAUGUUUGAUGUGGAUUACAAUUUUACUCAUAGGAUAAACAAAUUUAGUUUUGGGGAUUCGAGUCCGGGAAUUGUGCACCCUCUGGAAGGGGAUGAGCAGAUCAUAGACAAUGCAAUGACGGUGGUCAAUUAUUUCAUUGAAGUUGUGCCAACUACUGUAAAAACAUUUUUAAACACCGUUAGUACUUACCAAUACAGUGUCAAAGAGUUGAAAAGGCCCAUUGACCACGCCAAAGGCAGCCAUGGUAUGCCGGGUAUAUUCUUUAAAUAUGACAUGUCUGCCCUGAGAGUAACCGUGAAACAAGAGAGAGACAACUUGGGCAUGUUUUUAGUUAGGUUGUGUUCAAUCGUGGGUGGGGUCUAUGUGUGUUCAGGUAUUUUAAACAAUUUGGUCCAAAUAAUUUUGGAUUUUGUGAUGUGCAACUCGGCUAGCAAUGGGAUUAAGUAUGAGAAAAGUACCAUGUAAAGUAUUAGUGGCGGGUUGGAUCCUAGCCACACCUUAUCUUUGUAUCUGUGAACUAAAUGUUUUUA